UCUCUUCAGAUUGCUGAUUUUAAUCCACAAUUACUAUGUUCAAUACAUUUAAGUAUUUGGAUAAAUGCAUUAUUGGUCUCCAUUAGUGGCACAUUGGGUAGUGCUGUGGUGUCAUAUCCAAGACUUGUGAGAUAGAUGAAAUGGUGUUCCCAUGUCAGGUUUCCUUUAUUCUGUUCCUGGGGGAGCAGAAUCCAAAACUCUUUGCAGAUUUCCCUUUUCAAACAGCCAUACUAAACCUGAAAAUUAGCUGAUUAUGGUGUGUUUGAGAAGGGAAAUUUGCAAACUGUGUUCCUCCAGGAACGGAACUGGGGAACCCUGUCAUACACUAUGCAUAGCACAUACUUUUAUUUUUGAGUCACAAUGAACUUUAUCUGUAACCUCCAAACCCCAGUCAUAUACAGUAUAACGGUCUUCACAGUUUAACUGGUUUUCAUAGAUAUACAUCUGUGGGGGCCACAGUGGAACAGAGAGCCUUUCUACAGUGGAGUGCUUUGACCCACUCUCUAACGAAUGGAGCUUGAUCACUCCAAUGAGCACUCCCCGUCACAGCCUUGGAGUCACGGCGUAUAAAGGCAAGAUCUAUGCGGUGGGCGGUAUCAACAGGCCUGAUCACCUGCAGACCAUGGAGGUCUAUGACCCUACCACAAACCGCUGGCAUGCUGUGGCCCCCAUGUCCACACCGCGCAACUCUGCUUCCUCAUUGGAAGGUGUGUUGGUGGGAUCGAGGUCUUUGAAGACGAAGCUGUCCGGAAGUAAUUUUCCAUGGCCUCGCUAAACUCCUC